AUGGUGUUGGAAAGCACUAUGGUUUGCGUGGACAACAGCGAGUACAUGCGGAAUGGGGACUUCUUACCCACCCGGCUGCAGGCCCAACAGGACGCUGUCAACAUAGUCUGUCACUCCAAGACGCGCAGCAACCCCGAGAACAACGUGGGCCUCAUCACCCUGGCCAAUGACUGUGAAGUACUGACCACACUCACCCCUGACACCGGCCGCAUCCUGUCCAAGCUUCAUACUGUCCAACCCAAGGGCAAGAUCACCUUCUGCACUGGCAUCCGAGUGGCCCAUUUGGCUUUGAAGCACCGACAGGGCAAGAAUCACAAGAUGCGCAUCAUCGCCUUUGUGGGGAGCCCCGUGGAGGACAACGAGAAGGAUCUGGUGAAACUGGCAAAACGCCUCAAGAAGGAGAAAGUGAAUGUUGACAUUAUCAAUUUUGGGGAAGAGGAAGUGAACACGGAAAAGCUGACAGCCUUUGUGAACACGUUGAAUGGCAAAGAUGGAACUGGUUCUCACCUGGUGACAGUGCCCCCUGGGCCCAGCCUCGCUGAUGCCCUCAUCAGCUCUCCGAUUCUGGCUGGCGAAGGCGGUGCCAUGCUGGGUCUUGGAGCCAGUGACUUUGAGUUUGGAGUGGAUCCCAGUGCUGAUCCUGAGCUGGCCCUGGCCCUCCGCGUGUCUAUGGAGGAGCAGCGGCAGCGGCAGGAGGAGGAGGCCCGCCGGGCAGCCGCAGCCUCUGCGGCCGAGGCUGGGAUCACUCCGCCCGGGACCGACGACUCGGACGACGCCCUGCUGAAGAUGACCAUCGGCCAGCAGGAGUUCAGCCGCACGGGGCUCCCCGACCUGAGCAGCAUGACGGAGGAGGAGCAGAUCGCCUACGCCAUGCAGAUGUCCCUGCAGGGCGCAGAGUUUGGCCAGGCAGAGCCAUCUGAACUUGAUGCCAGUUCAGCCAUGGACACAUCUGAGCCCGCCAAGGAGGAGGAUGAUUACGACGUGAUGCAGGACCCUGAAUUCCUGCAGAGUGUCCUAGAGAACCUUCCAGGUGUGGACCCCAACAAUGAGGCCAUUCGCAAUGCCAUGGGCUCGCUGGCCUCCCAGGCCACCAAGGAUGGCAAGAAGGAAAAGAAGGAGGAGGACAAGAAAUGA